AUUAUUAUACAUUUCAAGAAGAGAAAGAUAUUAAUCCUGCCCUAUAUUUGACUGAAUAUCCUCACAAGGAAAUUAAAGUCAAUCAACCUUUACUUAAUGAAGCUCAGAGACAACAAGUUGACGAGAUAUUU